CGGGCGACGAGGGUUUCCAAUCGAGUCGCUUCGUCCCGCGUCUUUUCUCAACUCCCUCCGUAUUUCCCCGCCCACUCCCUCCUCCUCUCUCUCCGGGUACUUCUUCCGCCUUCCGCUGGUUCUCUCCCGGCUCCCCGUCGUCGUCUUCCGGUCAGUCCAGAUUACGAUCGGGAUUACUGUUGUCCGGAGAGUACAGUCACAUUUGUCGGAACGUCUUCCCCAUUGGGCUUCACGAUUCCUUGCGUUAUUGCAGCUAGUCAGGGAGAGCUGUUUGCUUGAAUGGCAUUAUUUCGUCCCUCUGCAUUCGGGAGAUAGUAUACACAAUCACUUCGCGAGAAAAAUCGACGGUACUUAUUUCAUAGUCGGAUCAGUGGGAAAUGCUUUUGGGACAAGUGAACUUAAAGGGUUACAAAGACACCGGUACAUUUAACAGUUAAAUUCAUCGAAGACAUUACGGCAGUCAAGCAGUUGGACACACCUAAUUUAAAGGUGUAUUUAACUGCUGUUUUUUGCUACCACAUUAGCUGUCAGUGUUCAUCCAAAGUGAGAGGUUCCCUACUGUAGAAAAAGAAAAGUGGGGACCUAGAAAUCCGAAAAUCUAGGAUGGAGUUGGACACAACAAAUUUCAAGGUGGAGCAACUCCUGAAGGAGGUUGAAGUGGAUUAUUCGUUGAUCAAGAAGUCACUUGGUGAUGCCUUAUCGGCUAUAGAAGAAACUGUGGCUAGCAUUCCAGAGCAGAAGGUUGAUGCUAGUCUAGCACCCAAAUUCGUGGGGGACCUUGGUGUACCUGUUGAUAAGGUAGAAUUUAUAUUCAAAAAGCCGGAAACCUAUCAAAUAGUUGGAAGCUAUGCAAUUGAAGCAGUUGCGAAGCCAGUUACAAACGUUGAUGUGCUUGUACGCAUGCCUAAGAGCUGCUUCCGCGAGAAGGACUUCUUGGAUCACAGAUACCACGCAAAAAGAUGUUUGUACCUCUCUGUUAUUGCAAUGCAUUUGAAAUCAUGCAGAAUUGUCCGUGAACUACAGUGGUCAACCUUUCAGAAUGAGGCGAGGAAACCAAUUUUGGUUGUACAUCUAGGUCUUGAUCUUGGGGCAGCGUCUGGGUUUCUUGUAAGGAUCAUCCCAUGUACAGCUAAUGUAUUUGCAAUUUCAAAGUUAGGUUUAAGCCGUAAUAACAUCCGCUCUGCAAACCAAGAUUCUCAAGCUUCACCCAAUUACAACAGUAGCAUAUUGGAAGACAUGUUUUUGGAGAGAACUGCAGAUUUUGUCAAAGAUAUUUUUCUUGGGUGGAAGGACUUGAGCCAGGCAUUACUCCUGUUAAAAAUUUGGGUUAGAAAUAGAAGUUCCAUAUAUACCCAUGACUGCUUGAAUGGUUUCCUGCUGUCUGUUAUACUAGCAUACCUUACAACAGAUCUUGGUGGGGCUCGUGUCAGGCAGUCUAUGAAGCCAAUCCAGAUAUUUCGGGUGACUUUGGACUUCUUAGCCACCUCAAAGUUGUUGGACAAAGUUUUGUUUCUUCAUUCAGCAUCCCAGCAUAAUAUUUCAGAAGAGGAACAGAGGAAGUAUAUGCAGGUAUUUAGUUUUUCAUUGUGUGAUCCAUUUGGUUUUAACCUUGCAUUCAGAAUGACCAGGAGUGCCUUGCUGGAGCUUCGGGAUGAGGCCAGAUGGACGCUUAAUUGCAUGGACAAACAAAACGAUGCCGGUUUUGAAGAAGUUUUUGUAGUCAGGGUAGACUUUGCUGCCAAGUUUGAUUAUUGUAUAAGGAUAUACUUGAAAGAUGAUGAUGAUACCAAAGCAUCAAAACCUUGCUUGGAUAAGGAGCUGUGGAGGAUCUCUGAGGGGAAUGUUUACUCUCUUUUGGUAGAAGGGCUCAGUGAUAGGGCAAAAUUUGUCCGGGCAGUUUGGAGAAAUGUGCCCCCUGAAUGGAGUUUAGAAGAUGGGCUCAAAGGGCUUGGUGAUGGACCCUUAAUUGUUGGGAUCGUGAUCGCUUCUUCUGAGAAGGGUUUCCGAUUAAAAGAUAUUGGCCCAAAUCCAGAGAACAAAGAGGAGGUUAUUAAAUACAAAAAAUUUUGGGGAUCUAAAGUUGAGACACGACGUUUUCUAGAUGGAACUAUUGCAGAAUCUGUAGUGUGGGAGUUUCGUGAAUGGGAAAAUCAUCUUAUAAUAAAGGCAAUUGCUGAGCAUAUUCUUUCUUCCCAUCUUGCCAUUCCGAAGGAGCGGAUUGUUGUUGUUUGUGAUCAGCUUGAUUUUUGUCUUCUAAAUGGGUCAAGAGACACAAUUUCAUACUCCGGUGAUAUCGGAAAGGCAUUUGAUGUUCUAUCCAAACGUUUGCGGAGCCUAGAAGAUCUCCCUUUGCGAAUCUCUAGUGUGCAGCUAUUAGACUCAGCAUCUCGGCGCGCAUCAGUCUUCCCUCCUGAACCUCAUCCCCUUGCUCAUGAAAAGGACGUUAGGCUUGGAAGCAGAAGUGCCAUUCCAACUUGUGUCCAGCCAAUGGAAGUUAUGAUUCAGUUGGAAGGGUCAGGAAAUUGGCCAUUGGAUAGUAUUGCAUUAGAGAAGACAAAGACUGCUUUUCUUCUCAAGAUUGGAGAAAGUUUGCAGAAGCACUGGAGAAUGAUGUGUAUAGCUACUAAAGAUGAGGUGAAUGUCCUACUGUCAGGCUAUGCAUUUCAUCUUAGACUUUUGCAUGAGAGAGAUAGAAGCUUGCUGAAAAAACAAGGAAUGGGCACCCUAAUACAUAACACAACUCCUGUAGACAAUGAUCUGUUUCUCCAAAGUUGCCAUUCUUCUAUGUUGAAUGGUUUGCAAGGACGAUACCCUAUCUAUGGGCCAGUUGUUCGCCUUGCCAAACGGUGGGUUGCGUCCCACUUAUUUUCCAAUGUUCUGAAAGAGGAAGCAGUUGAAUUGCUGGUUGCUUACUUGUUUCUGAAGCCUUUUCCAUUUUAUGCUCCAUUUUCACGGGUAGCUGGAUUUUUAAGAUUUCUGCGUUUGCUGUCUGAGUAUGAUUGGGCCCACACCCCAUUAAUAAUUGAUGUAAAUGGUGAUCUCACGUUACAAGAUGAAGCAGAAAUAAAUAGCAGGAAAAUUUCAGUCAGAUCAGAAAAUCUAAUGAAGCGAAUGCUGAUAAUGAACUAUCAGCACUGUUCUUGGCCACAAAGUAUGAUAAGAAGUCUGAAGCUUGGACAAAGUUAUCCCCUAGUACAACAGUAUGUGGUGCUAACUUUUCUGUUUACCUAGUCAAUAACCGGUGUCUUUUUUGGUUCAUGAUAACCUAGCGGCUAUGGCAUGUGGUUUUUAAUCCAACUUAAUUUGUUCAUUUGGUUAACCAUUCCACCAUCUCGUCUCUUUUAUAUGAUUGGCUUUCUUUGUGACCAGGUAUUUCGUUAUUCCUUCUGUUUCUUUUAAGAUGAGGAUUUGUUGGUUUUGCUCGAGUAUGUGCUCACUGGUCUUGUAUCUUCAACAUUUAGCUGGUUUAUGUGGAAUCUUCCUUGAUUUGUAAUAUAUGUGGUAUCAUUCUGUGUUAAAAUGCCACUUGCGCAUUACAGGUAUCUACUUCUAGUAUUUUCAGCUACCUAAGCUGUUGAUAUAGAUGGAAUCUGAAGAAAAUUCAGCCUACAUGAUGUGCUUGUUUUUUGCUGAUAUAAAAGUUGUUUUGAGGUUUAAACCCCCAGAUGAGAGCAUGUCCAAAAGCUUCAUAGUUCAUAGAAGGCCCUUUUAGUUAUGCGGCUUCCAAGGGUGGAUGAAUUUGCUGCCAAUUGAGAAGUGUAGAGGCACGGAUGAUGCAUACAGAAACAUAUACAUACACAUGAUGUGUGUAUUUAUGUAAGUGUGUGUAUAUUUGUACAGAAAUCUGUGGGAAAAAAAGGUAAACAAAGUAAAACAAACUGGGGAUUCAUUCAUAUAAUUCCCGAAUAGGGGGGAAUUAUACUCAUACCCUAAAGGUCAUUUCUUGGAGAAAAAAUUCAGCAAUAAAUUGUUUUUUCCUUAUUUCCAUGAUAUGCAAUUGAGUUGUCAUGCUGCAUUGGGCAACUUGUCUGAUUACAUAUGCUAGAGACAUGGAUCGUUAUAUUGUAUGCACCAAAAUGAGCAGCAAUUUGUGGCGUUGAUUAUAGGUAGCUGAAAGGUAAAACUUCUAGUUGCCACAGGAUGAUGGGCUUGUGGAUAUGUUGGUGAUAGACAAGAGUCUUGCAAAACAAGCAUGCACGGGCACUCCAAUCCGUUUAGUAACCUUGUAUGUGUCCAUGUGUGGGUAGGUUAGUUUUUCCUCUUUAAUUUUUCUGAGCUUUCUGAGGCCAUGUUCAUCACACUGGCCAUGUGUGCUAUUAACAUGAAUAUUGCACGAAUGAAUAAUUUUGAAAAUUGAAGCCAAUGCUUACAUUUGAUGAUGAGUCCAUUUGUGUCCAUACAAGAGAAUGUAAGUUGAAGGGAUACAGGUUUCUCUACUUCAAUUAUUUUUAGUUGUACUAUAGGUUUUAAAAUUUGUCAUAGUACGAGCUCACAAAAGUCAACAAGGCCAUUUUGGCACGUUGGUAAUGU